ACGCAGCCGCUCCUCUGGCUGGAAGGUAGUCUUUUCCCGAGCGACGGUAGCGGUCCGUUCCAGGCGCGGUUCUCCGAGGAAGACGUGCCUCGCCGCGGUCUUUCCGGCCCUGAGCUCGCGCCCGUGCGCGGCAGUGCCAAGCGGCGCGUAGCCCGGCCUGCGGAGCCCCUCGACCCACCCCCGCCGGUCUGCAGUUAGGCCGCGCCCUAAGGCCCAGUCCGCGGCGGCCCGGGCGGGUGAUGCCCAAUACAGCCAUGAAGAAAAAGGUGCUGUUGAUGGGAAAGAGCGGGUCCGGGAAGACCAGCAUGCGGUCCAUUAUCUUUGCAAACUACAUUGCUCGCGACACCAGGCGUCUGGGAGCCACCAUCGAUGUGGAGCACUCCCAUGUCCGAUUCCUAGGGAACCUGGUGCUGAACCUGUGGGACUGUGGCGGUCAGGACACCUUCAUGGAAAAUUACUUCACCAGCCAGAGGGACAACAUCUUCCGCAACGUCGAGGUUUUGAUUUACGUGUUCGAUGUAGAGAGCCGCGAGCUAGAAAAGGACAUGCAUUAUUACCAGUCUUGUCUGGAAGCCAUCCUCCAGAAUUCACCUGAUGCCAAAAUCUUCUGCCUGGUGCACAAGAUGGAUCUGGUUCAGGAGGAUCAACGUGACCUGAUUUUUAAAGAGCGAGAGGAAGACCUGAGGCGUUUGUCUCGCCCACUGGAGUGCGCUUGCUUUCGAACGUCCAUCUGGGAUGAAACGCUCUACAAAGCCUGGUCCAGCAUCGUCUAUCAGCUGAUCCCCAACGUCCAGCAGCUCGAGAUGAACCUAAGGAAUUUUGCCCAGAUCAUCGAGGCUGAUGAAGUCCUGCUGUUCGAGAGAGCUACGUUCCUGGUGAUUUCCCAUUACCAGUGCAAAGAGCAACGUGACGUCCAUCGUUUUGAGAAAAUCAGCAACAUCAUUAAGCAGUUCAAGCUGAGCUGCAGUAAAUUGGCCGCCUCUUUCCAGAGCAUGGAAGUUAGGAAUUCUAACUUCGCUGCUUUCAUCGAUAUCUUCACAUCAAACACGUAUGUGAUGGUGGUUAUGUCAGAUCCGUCCAUCCCUUCAGCAGCUACUCUGAUCAACAUUCGCAAUGCCAGGAAACACUUUGAGAAGCUAGAGAGAGUGGAUGGCCCCAAGCACAGUCUCCUCAUGCGUUGAAUAUUGCCAAAUGCUCUUUAGGAAAAUGCUGGUUUACCUUUUUUUUUUUUUUUUGCAUCCUUUAUUUUUAAUAUUCAUGUUUUGUGCUUAAAAGUGGGCUUUGAAAUGUGUGCUGCUUCCGACUCCUAUCUUUCUUCCCUAGUCUUUAAGCCUUUGACACUAUUUACUCAGCUAUCCAGUAGAGAGCUUUAAGAUGGCCUUUCUGAAAAGUUUGGUAUGUUGUAACACUAAAGUAGGUGGUUUGUAUGUGUUCUCGUUAUAGUAGAUAUGUACAUUAAAGCCUUUACUAGUUAUCUUCCUGUAUUAUCAGAUUGCAAAGGUGUAAUGUUACUAUUUUAUCAACAAGGUAUUUAAAUGCAUUUCUAAAUUCUAUUUGGCUUCUAUCAUGAAUAAACAUUUAAUGUUAGCAAUUUAAAA